UAGUUUAUCGAAGAAACACAAACACACGUUUAUAAAUAUUUAUCGGGAGGCGUGUUUUCAAAUAUAGACGAUAAAGCCUCACAGUGACAGUUUUCAUAGCGAGGUCAUCAUCCCUCCGCGAACACAGGAAGGAAGUAGUUCCGGUAGAUAAGACGGAUCACUUUAAGGUCGCGAUCCAGAGCGCAUCAGUCACGGCCGACCGUCUUUACACACAGGACAUUACCCAUCUCUUCCAGCAUGCCUCACACUAAAGCUCAGGAUAUGGGCUCUGCCUUCAUCCAAACUCAGCAGCUCAAUGCUGCCAUGGCCGACACCUUCCUGGAGCACUUGUGUCUUCUGGACAUUGACUCUGAGCCCACCAUUGCCCGCAACACUGGAAUCAUCUGCACCAUUGGUCCAGCUUCGCGUUCUGUGGACAUGCUGAAGGAGAUGAUCAAGUCUGGCAUGAACAUUGCCCGUAUGAACUUCUCUCAUGGUUCGCAUGAGUACCACGGUCAAACUAUUAGAAACGUGCGUGAGGCUUGUGCAAGCUUCCAGCCAGGCAGUAUCCAGUACAGGCCAGUGGGUAUUGCCUUGGACACUAAGGGACCUGAAAUCAGGACUGGUCUCAUCAAAGGGAGUGGCACAGCUGAGGUUGAGCUGAAGAAAGGAAAUAAGAUCAGAGUGACUCUAGAUGAUGAUUUCAUGGAGAACUGUGAUGAGGAUAACCUCUGGCUGGACUACAAGAACAUCCCAAAUGUGGUGCAAGUGGGCAGUAAGGUGUACAUCGAUGACGGGCUUAUCUCCCUCCAAGUAUUGGAGAUUGGCUCUGACUAUCUCGUGUGCGAGAUUGAGAAUGGAGGUUCUCUAGGCAGCAAGAAGGGUGUGAAUCUGCCUGGGGCUGCAGUCGACUUGCCUGCUGUGUCAGAGAAGGACAUCAAAGAUCUGCAGUUUGGUGUGGAGAUGGGAGUGGACAUGAUCUUUGCCUCUUUUAUCCGCAAAGCAGCCGACGUGGAUGAGGUCCGUAAGGUGUUGGGAGAAAAGGGCAAGAACAUAAAGAUUAUCAGCAAACUGGAGAACCAUGAGGGUGUGCGCAGGUUUGAUGAGAUCAUGGAGGCCAGUGAUGGCAUCAUGGUUGCCCGUGGUGACCUGGGUAUCGAAAUCCCGACAGAAAAGGUGUUCCUGGCCCAAAAGAUGAUGAUUGGUCGCUGCAACAAAGCCGGAAAGCCAAUCAUCUGUGCCACACAGAUGUUGGAGAGCAUGAUUAAGAAGCCUCGCCCUACACGUGCAGAGGGCAGCGAUGUGGCCAACGCAGUUUUGGACGGAGCUGACUGCAUCAUGCUUAGUGGAGAGACUGCAAAGGGAGACUAUCCUCUCGAGGCAGUGCGCACCCAGCAUAUGAUUGCUCGUGAGGCAGAGGCGGCCAUGUUCCACCGGCAGGUAUUUGAGGAUCUGCGGCGUUGUACGCCCCACUCUACCGACCCCGCCGAGGCCAUCGCCAUCGGUGCCGUGGAGGCCUCCUAUAAAAUCCUGGCCUCUGCGUUUAUAGUCCUCACUGGGUCUGGCAGGUCUGCUCACCUGAUCUCACGUUACCGCCCUCGUGCCCCAAUCAUAGCUGUGACCCGUAACGAGCAGACAGCACGUCAGGCUCACCUGUACCGUGGUAUCUUCCCCAUAUUCUACAACGCAGCAGCUCAUGAUGUGUGGGCUGAUGAUGUGGACCUGCGAGUCAAUUUCGCAAUGGAAGUUGGUAAGGCUCGCGGAUUCUUCAAAACCGGUGAUGUUGCCAUUGUCCUGACUGGUUGGCGCCCGGGAUCUGGUUACACCAAUACCAUGCGUGUCGUUCCUGUGCCGUAAAAGUUAUGAGGCUGAAUCACACUAUUCACUCUUCUGUUGUUCAUCCAUCGCUCUGCUUCUGCCCCUCCCCGACUCCAUUUUUUCAGACCUAUGUGGUGACCCCAGUCAAAUUACUGAAGCCUGGCUUCUCUCACACAGGCCAGUGGACCAUCAUCACUUGGACAUUUUCUUCUCACCCGAUUGGUUGUUCUCACUUUAUAUUUACUUUCUAGUCUCAACGGCACAUUUGCCAACUAUAGUUUAGUGUUUAUCAGCAGAAAUUAAACCAGAAAUGUUUUGUCUGUAUGCCCGUUUAAGCACAGAGAUGGGUAGAGAACAGCGAUUGUACUAUACUAACCAUUCCUUGUCUAGAAUGCACACAGAACAAACAGCAGCUUCGUUCAAUUCUUAAAUUGCAUCCAUAAUGGUUCCGACAACACCAGAUUUCCUGUACGUUUUUGUGGCGUUACUCUGUUUGCUUUAUUUUGCACAGUGUUCACACUCCCAAAUGUUACACUGUUAUACUUAAUCAUGAGUGAGUCCCCCCCCAAUAUAAAUGUAUUUUUGACUAACCCAAGAGAGCGUAAAUGUUGGUAUGCGCACGUUAGUUCAACUAAGUAAAGAAUGGCUGAAUUUUGUUUCAGGAAACAAAAUGGGUGAUUGCUGUUGCACUUGUUCCUGUUUGCCUCUCCAGUAUGUAUGUGUGUGUGUGUAUUUAGGUCUACCUGCUUUGUCGCUAGGUGCAAGAUGUGAUCUAAAAACUGUAGUAUCAAUUUGUUGUCAUUCAAGACUGAAAUAAUAAAGGAGUUAAGCACC